GCAGCGCACAAGGUAUACUAAUCUAAAAGAUCAACGACUUCACGAUGUUUAGAUCACUUGUCAUCUUGGUACUGGUGCUUCCAGAACUGACCAUUGGCCAGAUUUUGACGGCUAAUUGCGGUCAGCUUGAGCCCAAAUCAGACGGUGAAGUAGAGUUUUUCGAGCAAAAAGACUACGAAUUUGAUCAGACUCUCCUAUCAAGUGAGGCCCGCCCAUUACAACAGCCAGUUCAAAGCAAGGUUGCCAGUUUGUAUUACGAUCAGUACAAAAGAGGCACGAUUGCUACAGUGGAAGAACCUUUAGCUGGCUGUCAAGGGAACGGAAGUGGAUUCACCCGGCUAGCGGAAGUGAAUCUGUAUGUGCGCUACUUUCAAUUUGCCGACUGGGCUGCGAAGAUUCUCAAGUGCUGCCCGGCCUACCAGAACUUUGGCUGCCGCAGUGUCUAUGCACCGAUAGGUUGUGGUUACUAUGAAGUCCACGGCAUGAAAGCAUGGUGCUGCCCUCUACAGUGGAUCAACAUCGCCCAAUACUGCAACUGUAGGAAAUGCGCCAUAAUUUGCCCGGAUUGUUUCUACACUGGUGUGUGCUUGAGGCGCUUCACCUACACCAAAUUUGCCGCCGUCUGCUACAUCAAUUGGUGGUGGACAACCAUCGUCCACUUCGCCAGGUACCUGCCCACCAGCUGCUACUGUAGACAGGUCUAGGAGCAGACGAUCAGAAAAGUCCUUGACACAAGUCACAAGAGCUGACUUUGUCUGACUUCAAUCAUUUUUAUCUCGGUAUAUAACAUAAAAGUAUGUUUUCAAAAAACUCAGUCAAAAUAAUUCUAAAACCUAAUUCUAC